GGAAAGGAGGAGAAGAAUGCAAUCGAGCAGAUAAGAAAGAUCUUGAGUGGUACAACCUGUGAUGUUUCUUUGAUGGGCGUCAUUAGGAGGCAACGAUAGAAUUCGAAGACAUUGCCGUAGUAGGCUGCUAGUAGCUAGCCUCAUCAUCAUCUCGUCAUCAUCAUCAUCGUCAUCAACUGUUCCGGAAAAGCAGAAGUCAUACAGAAGAUCUAAUUAGUAUUGCGACGCCUCGAUCGGAAAUAAAAACAAUUCCGAACGAAGCGCAAUCUCACAAUUUUAACAACGCGACAAAAGAAAAAGAUCAACCAGAAAAUGAAGACCACAGGAACUGCCUUUCUAAGAAGCCCCAUGGCGUUGCUGUCAGCGGGGCUACUGCUGAUGGUGUUCCAAUCCCAAGAGACCGUUGCACUGAGCAGCAUCAAUCCCAAACCUCCCAGUGACAGUAAGAAGACCUUGAAACCAUUCGGUAGUGGAGGAGGAGGUCGCGUAUCGGGUGUGCCCAUAAGGGACAAGGAGGACGAUUUAUCGUCCAGCGAGCAACCAGCAGAACCACAGCCACGGUGGGAACCAACCCCUCCCAAACCCUCAGAAGCCCGCUUGACUGUGGUGCAAAUCACGGAUGUAUACACGUUGGAACAUUUUGCGUCUCUCAGAACCAUGUUGUCGGAAACGCGACAAAAAUUAAAGGAAUAUCGAGAUGAAAUUGUACCCACAAGCGGUGCCAAUAAAAAUGAAGUCUCCGACGAGAAGCUACCACAAACACUAACAAAGUCCGAGACGGGUGUCAUUUCCAUGCUCACGGGUGAUUUUUUGGCACCCUACUUGUUGUCCUCUGUGGAUCGAGGAAAAGGAAUGAUGAGGGCAUUGACAGAAACACCCAUUGAUUACUUGACAUGGGGCAAUCACGAGGCUGAUAUUGACCAUCGAACCGUCUGUAGUCACGUCAGGAACUUUCCUGGAAAAUGGAUCAAUAGCAACAUGCUGGACCACGAUGCCAUGGAUGCUCAGCAAGAGUUUGAUGUUGUGGAAAUUACAUCUCCAGACGGGACCAACAAGAGACGGGUAGGGUUGGUGGGGGUACUCUCCAAUGACCCGGACUUGUACUCCCAUUUCAAGGCACCAGGUGCUUUUGGUGGAGCCACCAUUGAUGAUCCAUGGGAGACUCUGAAAAAAUACAAGGACUUGUUGGAGGGACCAGAUCACAAUUGCGAUGUCAUUCUGCCCCUUCAACAUUUAUACGUUCCAGACGAUGAAAGAACGUGUCGCGAAUUCAACUUCCCUGCCAUUUUAUCGGGACAUGACCACCAUCGUGUCGAUGAGGUGAUCGAUGGAACGCGUCUACUCAAACCGGGGUUGGAUGCUAUUUACGCUACAGUCCUUGAAAUGUGCUGGGAGGAUUCAUCUCAAGAGGAUAGCAAGCCCAUCGUGAAUGCUCGUUUUGUCAAGUGCAGUGAUUGGGAAGCAGAUCCUGUACUGGAACAAAUCAACUUGAGAGCCUAUGACGCCAUGGCACCACUCCGGGACACAGAGUUGGCGCGUGUGCCCCCAACAUUUGAACCGUUGUCGUCUGUCAAUGCACGAGGUUGUGUCACUUCCAUGGGGCGAUUCAUUUGUUCCCUGAUCAAAUCAGCAUUUAAUACACAGCAACUCAAACGAGACCACCGAGUGGAUGCAGUCCUUCUCAUGGGAGGCAACAUUCGAGGUGGAAAAGACUAUGAGAAGGGGUCCUAUUUUAGUGCCGAGGCACUUGAAGCAGAGAUCAAGUCGGACGAAGCGGUUGGAAUUGUGAACAUGCCUGGCUGGUUGCUGGCAGAGGGAGUCUCUGCCACACACUCUGGAGAUCCAAUUCCAGGGUGGAUUCAAUACGAUGAUGGAGUGAAAGAAGAGUACCCCGAGGACGGAUCCCCUCCUAUCGUGACGCAUGUCAAUGGGCUCCCAAUUGAUCCAGAUAUCACCUAUCGGGUCGCGACCAAAAUAUCCGACCUCACCAAUGGCCAGUGUCAACCAUGGACGGAUUUCUACACUGAGUACCCAGAAGCCCUGCCUCCCAAGGGUGCCUACGUGAACAUAUAUUCGGAGCUCAUGACAUUCUUUGCAGGAAAUCUAUGGCGAAAGAUCUGGGAAUCUAUCACGCCCGAAGUGGUUGCCGCUGAGAGAGGGCAACUGUUGGAAAACUUUGCCUCGCCAUUGGAUAUUAUGUGUGACGACACAGAACUGGAUGAGCCUGAUCUCGACUGCGAACCACUGGCAAUGAUCUGUGAUCCCAAGCUAGAUUGUCUUCCUGAACGACGCUUGUCGGUUUUGGACCUAGAUGAAACUGGAACCAUCACCGUUGCAGACAUCCAUUCAGCACUCGGUGAUAUUCUCCAGCUGUCUGUGGACGAAAGCGGCUCGGAAACAAGCCUAGCAGAGUUUGUCCAUUCCUUUGCAGACAUGGACAAUGAUGGCAAGGUGACUCUGGAUGAUCUCAAUGCAUUCUGUGCUGAAGUUCCAGAUCUCUAUGAGAAUGAGAAAUGGCGUCUGGCAUUUCCUAGAACUGAAAAGUUGCUUGCAUAGGUCGCAACCUGGCUGAAAUGCUGAAAUCAAGCGGACGAUGCUCCGAGUACAACAUGAUCAGUUCAGGUCUCCCCCCUUGUGAUAUAUAUGGUCGUGAUGUCGAAUUGUUGAUGAUAGAGAAAAAUGACUGCUGCCAAGAUUCAUAGAGUGAAGCAACGACAACCUGAGAAAUACUUACUGAAUAAAGAUACCGGUAGGGUUGUUGCCUUUUCAAGCUAGUUUGUGCAGACAACCCUGCCAGAAAGCAGCCAGCUAAACAUGUGUUGACUAAGGAGCAUGCGGUUACCAUUUCGCUUUGGAGGGAAAUACAUAUUCACUUCACUGAAUACAAUUUGGCCUUGGUGGCUUCCAAGAGAAUGGGUAUACCUGUCCUCACACCCCAUUACUAGGAUCUUUCUGCAGCAUAGGCUGUGUAGUUGAUAGAUCGUUUCUUGCGUUUGUAGAAGUGCCAUGACGGCUGCUAAGUUCGCUGCACUGCCGUUCAUGAUUGAUGGUACAGUACUCUAGAGCCCGGCAGUUGCUUCGACUGGGCUCUGGCAGCUGCUCUGGCUUCAGUUCUGGAUGGUUGUAUUUGUACAUCAAAUUUUGUACGAUUGUAGUACUGUACUCGGCCAUGGGCAGGGCUACCAACGUUAACGUGCAGCGAAGGAACAGACCGGUCGCCACCCCUGCCUACCCUGAAGCCAGGACGAAUGAAUGUCUGCACCCUAUAGGCUUUUUCCGGGCAGAGCAACAGGCAAGCAAGCAAUGUCUAGGUAGUACAGAAGUAGAUAUCGUGCGUGAGUUGCAGAACAAACAGAAGCAAUACACUGUAGUCUAGUCUAUUAUGGGAACGACAUGUUUCAUUGGAACCUAUCUACUGCCAGAAGAACUUGGAGCCAACUUCGAUUGAAACGGAGGAGGCCCGACAAGAUUGAAGAACUGCGACCGGCUGGCUGACAGCUUCCGUCCCUGUGGCUUGGGCUGUUGGCCCGAUGCAUUUCCGUGAAGCAAGAACGAACCAGACGGCUCCUCGUACUACCGGCGCUAACUAGCGGCAUGAUGUACCGAUUGCAGAGGCAAUAGCCGACUUGCUUCGGAAAGGAACCCAAGAAGCCUUCUGGUUGUCGCUUGU